UUCGACCGUAAGAUUUGUCGCGCCUCCUCGGACAUGUACUUCCAUUACUAUGGGAUGUUGCAACAUCAACAAAACAUGUUGCAGGACUACACACGCACCGGCACCUACUACAGCGCCAUCGUGGGCAACCCAGAGGACUUUCGCGGACGAGUGGUGAUGGAUGUGGGGGCCGGGAGCGGCAUCCUGUCGCUGUUCGCCGUACAGGCCGGGGCGGCACGUGUGUAUGCGGUGGAGGCGAGUGGGAUGGCCAAAUUCGCCCGGAUGCUGGCAGACGCCAACCCGGCCUUGGGCGGCCGUAUCACCGUCAUCAGCUCCAAAGUAGAGGAGGUCGCGCUGCCUGAGCGGGUUGACGUACUGGUUUCGGAGCCCAUGGGCACUUUACUGGUCAACGAGCGGAUGCUUGAGUCGUACAUCUACGCCCGAGACGCCUUUCUGAAGCCCGGCGGCAAGAUGUUCCCCCAGCUGGGUCGCAUUCAUGCAGCCUGCUUCAGCGACAACGUGCUCCACAGCGAGAUCGCCGCCAAGUCGGCGUUCUGGCUGCAGCCGUCCUUCUACGGCGUUGACGUCACCUCGCUCCACUCGGCGGCCUCUGAGGGCUACUUCGGCCAGGUGGUGGUGGACGCGUUCGACCCCGCGCUGCUGGUCACGAGCUGUGCGACCCGGGCACUGGACUUUGGCCACGUUGCGGAGAGCGAGUUGCUGGAUAUCGACAUGCCGCUGCAGUUGGUGACGGGUCCGGUGGCCCCCGUGACGAUACACGGGCUGGCGUGCUGGUUUGAUGUGUUUUUCGCCGGGUCCCAACAGCCCGUGUGGCUAACCACUGCGCCAGGGAUGCCUACCACCCACUGGUUUCAGUUGCGCUGUGUACUGCAGCACCCGCUGGUUGUCACCUCCCCCAACACUCGGAUCACCGGACAGCUCCACCUCGUUGCGCAUGCACGACAGUCGUACGACAUCUACCUGACGCUGACGGCGCCGCCGCUGCAGCCAGGCCAGCCGCCGCAGACCUCCAGCGGCAAAUUCGACCUCAAAGAGCCGUACUACCGGCAGCUCACGCCGUACGGUGCCGCCGCCACGGCGGCGACGAUGGCAGGUGCGGCGCCGCCGGCGAUGGGGCCGGAGGGGACUGUAGCGGCGGCGGCGGCGGCGGUGGGCGGUUCCGGCUGUGGGUGGAUGUGA